UAGCAUAUAAAAACGUGAUUUUCAUGAAAAAUGGCUAAAGACAGCGCAAAUUUUGUGUUACCGUCUCCAAAGUUCCAGGACGAAGUGAAGAAAUCGUUGGACAACUACAGUCGUCAUUUGAAUCCCCACUUUUCAACACCCAGUGGUAUGUUGCUUCCAAGUGAUAAACAACCACCGCCAAUGUACGGACCACGCGGAUCUACAGUUCCUCCUCAACCAUUUCAGCAAAAUGGGCACCACAAUCCUCGGCAGCCUUUCAGGAAUGGUAGAGGCUCUCAUAACCAGCGCGGAGGUCGAUCGUACGGUGGGCCGCAAAAUGGUGGCCUCGACAAAGAAGUCAUUCCGGACUUGCUCCGUCUCGAUUGGAAACUGUGGUGUGAAGGGUGUGAUGUUAAUUGUCGUAGUGACGAAGAAUAUCAAACCCACGUGGCCAACCACACGCCAUGCUCUGUUUCGGAGUGCAAAUUCGUUGGACAUCCGAUGAUCAUGAAGAGACACGCAAGGCAGGCGCACAGCCAACAGGUAGCUGGUAAACAAGUUGGCCCUGGUCCAUCAAAAGAAGAGAUUGAGCAGUGGAAAGAGGAACGUCGGAAACGUUAUCCAACGAAGGACAACGUAAUUCUACGGCAGCAAGCGCAAGAAGAGCGGAUUAACCGGGGUGAACGUAUCGUGGAAAACAAGGAUCGUUUUCCUAAUCGCCCGGGGCCACAACAGGAGAAACCGGAUAGAAAGGAGUCUGUGCAACCUAAUUAUCCAAAACGGCAGAAGCGGAGGAGGCGGAAUAAGGCACACAUGCAAGUAGCUGCUGUGCUACAGGCAAAUGAAAGGGUACCUUUCGGGGGUACUUCCGCGCUAAAGUAUAAACAAGAGACAGGGAACAAUGCUCUCGGUAUGCUAGGAGAGUACGGAACCGACAGCGAUGAUUCAUCGGAAAGCGAAGAAUUGGGGAACAUGGAGCCAGUAAAAAACGAGGAUCUACCUUCAAAAACUAUGAACAAUGAAUAUGUUCCCAGUGAAGGGGAAAUAGUUGAAGAAGAAAAGGUAGAUCAUGUGGAACCAAAGGUUUCUUCGGCUGCAUCAAGCGAAGUGUUAAGCAAUGACCAUGUUUUGAAUCAAAACGAGGAUCUAGAAAUGGUUCCUAGUGCAGGUACUGGAACCGUCGAACUAAAAGAGACCGAGUCUACGGAAGGUGCUAAGAUAGUUCAGUUAGCGGUCAAAUCAGAGAAUGAAUCUACAGCUAACCAUGUUCAACGUUCACAACAGGUUCCUAGUGCAGGUACUGAAUCCGUCGAACUGAAAGAGAUCGAAUCUACGGAAGGUGCUAAGACAGUUCAGUUAGCGGGCAAAUCAGAGAAUGAAUCUAAAGCUAACCAUGUUCAACGUUCACAACAGAACAAGCAAAAGCAGAUGUCGUCGGGUAGGCAAAUACGAAAAGAAAAAAAGUGGUUAUUAGAUUACUCGAAGCUUCGAAGAUCCAAUCAGAACACAAUGUUAGAAAAGUUACUGGAUUCCGAUAUAAGACACGAGAGAAAUGUUUUGUUGCAAUGCGUGCGGCACGUUGUUGUAAAUAAUUUCUUUGGUAUCGGUCAACCGAAGGCAGAAAAUGCUACCAGUAGUAAUCCUAAAGAAGAAAUAAAGGAAUGAUUUUUUAGACCAA